GCGCCUCCCGCACCGCCUCUCACUCACACAGCCGUCCCCAGGCCGCCAUCUUCCGGCGCCGCCUCACUUCUCCUUCCGGAGCAGUAGGAGGAGAUUCGUCCGAACGCACACAAGCCCACGCGUGCGGACCAAUCGCCUCUCGCCGCAGGCGCAUGCGCUCGGGAUCCGGCCAAUCACCGCCCAGCGCGCCAAACGCCCGCCCGCUGUUUUACCCUCAACGGCCGCUUCUGGAGGCGUAGGAAAUGGCGGGAGCUGAGGGUGGUGAUGAGGAGUUCCCAGCCUUCAGUGCUCUGCUGCAGCCGCUGCCGGCAGCCGGCGGGCCGGCCCUUCUGAGGGCGUCGUUUCCCCCUCUGAGGCGAGGGAGCGGCGUUGUGACGCUGAGCAGUGACAGCGAGGAUGAGAUAGAGAUCGUUCCCCUGUCUGAGAGGGUCAGCAGGAGGCUGCCGCCCAGCGGGCCGAUGCAGAGCGCUGCGGGUCCGGGGCUUCUGCCGGCGGGUGGCGGGGCUGCGGCUGAGCGGGACGGCCGUCCUCACGGCGGUGAGCGGCUGGCGGCUGGCCGCAGGGAGCGGACUGUUCCAACAGCCGCGUUGUUACCCGAGGGAGGACCUUCCGUCAGCCCCCCCGGCUCUGGGGGGCCGGCGAUCCCUUCGGCUGCCCCUGUGAGUGAGCGUACGGCCCGGCCUGGGGGGCCUCUGGAAAGUGGAGAAAACGCAGAAGCUUCUCCUCCGAAGAAGAAGCCGAAGUACGGCCGGGAGGAAGGGGAGGCGAUUUGCCAGGCGGCCUGGAAGAGGAGGAAGGACCGGGAAGCGAGGAAAAGGCGGCAGGAGGAGGAAAGAGAAAGAAAGAAGAACCUCGCGAAAGUGCUGAGAGCUCAGCGGCCGGGGGAGUGCCAGAAAUACAUCGCUGUGGUGCUGGAUCCAGUUCUCUUGCAGGUUGAAGGUGGGGUGCAGAUCCGCGCUGCUUUGCAGUCUGCAAAUUAUUCCUGCGUGGUUGAGAGCCAGGCUGUUCCCUGCAGCAUUACCUGGAGGAGGAAGUCAGUGUUAUCUCAGGCUGAGGACAGUAAUGAAUGGACAGAAGAGCCGAAUCUCCUGGUUCUGCUUGGCUUGGAAGAGUUCUUGUCCAUGGUUCGUAACUACAAGCAAGAGGCCCAAGGCUGCACAGAGCAGAAGGAGACCUUACAGAGCUUUGUAGCUCGUGUGAUGGAAAAGAUGCCUGGGAAAAUUCUGGCUCUAACAGUUGUUGAAGUAGAGAAAUAUUUCAGGUGUCUCAGAGCUCAGUCAAAAAAGAGACUGCAACAGGUAACAGCAAAUGGGAGCCAGGCAGAAGACAGGGGAGGCCAGAGGCAGAAACGGGUUAAGGAUCCUGGCCUGGAGAUCAGCAGACUGGAUGUGGAAGACGCCUUGGUGGAUUUGCAACUCUGCACACGUGUCCAAGUCACUUUUUUUGAGAGCUGGGAGGAACUCGGAGAGUUUGCCACCAUGUUUACAAAAGCUGUAGCUGAAGCUCCGUUCAAACGAGAGCAGCAGAAUACAGGAUUCUCUUUCUACUUAGAGAACAAGUGGUGCAGAGGCAUGAAAGUGGAUCCUUCUGGAAAGGGCCUCUUGGAAGUUUGGAAGAGGCAGAUCCAACAGUUUAACCGGGUCAGUGGGGAGAUGGCUGAGGCUGUUGUGUCUGCGUACCCUUCUCCUCAGCUGCUGGUCCAGGCCUACAGCAGGUGCUCCUCAGAGCAGGAGCGGCAGAACAUGCUGGCUGCCCUCCCUGUGCGCCGCGGCACCGGGGUGACGGCAACCUGCCGCCGCGUCGGGCCCGAGCUGUCCAGGAGGAUCUGUGUGCAGAUGACUUCCCACGACCCUGAUCUGUGCCUGGAUGUCUCUGGAUAGCCCAGAUGAGCGAAGAUCCUAUGGUCUCUCUGGUUGUAUUCAUCUUCUGGGAAAAGGUGACAAGUGGGCUCCUGGAUCGCAGCUUAAAGGCUUGAAGCACUUUUGGUCUCUAUCAUUAGAAGGAAAUUGGAUCCAAUUGCUGAAUGGCUGGCGUUUACACAGAAAGUUGUGGAAUGUCUUCCAUGAAGUAUGAACUGGACAUGCCUUACGGCACUGGUGGUGCUUUUGUUAUUUGUCAAGAGUUCUUCCAAGGGAAUAAAUCACUUUCUGUAACAACAUCAGUUAUUUCUUAACACACUUCCUUGGACAGGUACAACUUCCAGAGGUCCCUUCCGACCUUGAGCUGUUCUGUAAUCCUGGCGUGUCUUCUUGGAUGUUUUCCACUGGUAUCCAAACUACAAGUAGAUACCUUCUCUUUCUUCAGUGUGAGAAAUGGUGCUGCUCAGUGCGGUGCUGCCCCCAGCACCUGCUCUGCUGAGGGAGAAGAACUUUACCUCUCAAAGACAUUUUGUUGUUUUCUGCUGUGCCAGAUGGGAAUGAGUAAGACUAAUUUUCGGAUUUAAAUUUAGACUGCCCUGAUUCAGUCCACAGACAGCUUAAUCUAUAGAGGGUCUUGAAAUCUGAUUAUAUGUGCUGGAAUUACGAGGUCUAAACAGUUGGCAGAAAGAGCUUUCUUUUGAUUAGGUUGGGGAACACGCUUUCCUGCCCACAAAGCCAUCAGCACUGGUGAGCACACGAGGACAGUUGAGGCUUUUUGCUCCAGAGGCACUUACUGAAAUAAGUGCUGAGUAUGAACUGAACUGCACUCCAUGCAUGGAAGUUGCCUUUUGGAGGAACGCCACCUCAAAUGGGAAAAACACCCAUGAGCUGCAGUGGCUUCGCGCACAGCGGGUGCCUCGGCGUGGCCAGUAGGUGCUGCUGACCGAAACCGACAGAUCUUAUUAGCCUUGCGUUUGCUGCCUUAAGCAGGACUCUUCUAGAUGGUAGAGCUGCAGGUUGCUGCUGGGUGCUGACAGGCAGGUGUUGCUUUGGGUGUUGUCUGCUAUAUUUCUGGAUGGUAAGCAAUGACCUGUUAAAGACUAGGAGUUAGAAACAAAACCUAAAGCUGUUUUGAGGAAGUGUAGAA